GAAUCUCAGGCAGCCUCCAUGAUCGAGAGCUUGCAUAAAGUGCUUCCUCGGGGUAUUAUCACUCUGGAGCGCAGUUCUUUGGAGCUCCUGCAAAAAUUCCUAUUUCUCAUGCGUUUUCGCAAUGAACCAUGCUCCAGUAAAGCCUUCGAAGUGAAUUGUCUGGAAAAACAGGCCCGUUGGUGGGUUGAAGACAUCCGGAAGGCAAUCGUGUUCGAUCUGCUGCCGAUAUGUGGCGGCGUACCCUCAGAUACUACCUAGAUUCCUCGCAUUCAGACCUCAUGCGAGAUGCAGCAAAUGUUGUAGAGUGGUGAAGAAGGUAUUCAAGAGAUGCAUAUCCCAGCUGUCACUUAUAGCGCUUAUAUGGACGACUAUUUCCUCAGCACUUGGGAAGCUGCGGAAGAGGAAGAAUUUAUACUCACGCGCAAUGCAUUCGGUUUAUCGGAAGGUUCCUCAGCUCGCUGCCCUGCCUUGCACCGCAUAUUCGUGCUCAGCCCUCGUAUUGCUGUGGUCCUGUGCAAUAAGCGACUGCGACCAGAAAAAAAAAGACGCAGAAGGCCAGGUUCACUCAAGAGCUCCUUGCUCGACGUGAAUCUAUCCGUACUGGUUAAAGUUUACGACGGUAGAGAAGGAAGCGUAUGGUUCGAAAUCAUGAAGCUAACUCGAUCUCAAACAUUGGAGCUCAAUUCCGUUAUAUUAUUCAACCUGGAGCAGACAAGCUCUCUGACCUUCCAGUCAAGGACGAAGAUGCUUCGCACUGCGCUUGCAUUUCGGAGUAAUUUCCCGUCGAGCCAUCUGAUCACUCCGCUCAUUGCACGAUUAACUGCCAGCAUCAAGACAGAAGAGUUGACCCUUCGCUCAUCAUGGCAGUCUCCAGCGGUUGCCCCCAACGAGGAUUUUGAUCCCCUUUCACUCGGUGAUCUAGUGCUCUACGUGCUUCUUAUGCAAAUAUGUUCGGGACGCAAGCAGUUCCUUUCGGCAUACGAUAGGGCACAUCUUAUCCUGAAAAUCAUGGCAAAAGCAAAACCCACCUCAUUCGCACGCGAAAUCGACCGAAAAGUCCGCAGGGCUUUCAAGGCAUGCAGAGGAGACAUCGAGGAUGGGAUAUCCUUCGCCGAGGGCGUCGAUCCCGCCUCUUUACUUUCCGCUCUUCCCAGCGAAUCAUCCUCUCAACUCUUCCGAUUGAUGAUACUGUACAUGAGCGAACGGGGCGCGGUGAUGUCUGGAGGCGAAGGGACUUUGGAAAUGCUCCAACGUGAUGUCGCCGUGGUGAGCUUUCUGCAACGUACGUCAUGCAGCCCUGGAGUGUGGCAUGCGCUCUCGCAUAGCAGCCAGAGGCACCCAAAGAUCUUGUCAAGACUGUUCAAAAGGGCACGCCGGCAGAUAAAUUAUCGCAAAAUUUUCGCUGUCGCGAUUCUCUUCUGGUUAUAACAGAGCGUACUCCCUGCGAAAGUAUAUGGCAUGGCUGGGCUUACUACUGGGCCUAUCAGUCAACGCUACUACGGGUUAAUGGCUUGCAUA